UGGGCAACUGUCAGUGCAGACAGACCGCUGGCGAGCCCGACAACCGCGCAUCCAGCUUCAUUCCUGGCAUGCUUUUUGUAUUUUAUCGGAAAAAUAGAGCAACUGUAAACAUUUAUUUGCGAGAAGUCUUGAGUCAGUCCACCUGGAGUUUGUUUUAAAUUGACGCAUAACUGCGAAGGCAAGAUUAAAAGUUAUAUUAGAGACGCCUUAUGUUUAGACGUGGUGGUGAUGGUGGAGCAGUGAGGAGAUCAAGACCAAGAGAUAAAGAAGAAGGUGGAAAAGCUUAAAAUAUAUUUAUAGGAAGCCUCUGAUAACUCUUGCUGAAGGCCAAACAAAUGUUGGCUCCGGAAGAGGAGCUCCUGAGCUCCUCUAAACCCACCAAAUACGGAGAGCUCAUCAUUCUUGGUUACAAUGGCUCACUACUGAAUGGAGAUAGGGGCAGAAGGAGGAGUCGGUUUGCUCUAUUUAAGAGACCCAAAGCCAAUGGAGUCAAACCCAGCACCGUUCACACCGGGUGCAGUCCGCAGACUGCAAAGGCCAUCAGUAACAAAGACCAGCACAGUGUAUCAUACACCUUAUCUAGGGCACAGACCGUAGUCGUGGAGUACACACAUGACAACACUACUGACAUGUUUCAGAUUGGUCGGUCCACUGAAAGCCCCAUAGAUUUUGUGGUGAUAGACACGGUACCUGGUUGUCAUGGUAAAAGCGACACGCUGUCGUCCCAGAGCACGAUUUCACGGUUCGCAUGUCGGAUCGUGUGUCAGAGAGCGCCGCCGUACGCAGCACGCAUCUACGCCGCCGGCUUCGACUCGUCCAAAAGCAUCUUUCUUGGGGAGAAAGCAGCGAAAUGGUGGUGCGCAGACAGCCAGAUGGACGGACUGACCACAAACGGUGUAUUAGUGAUGCGUCCACAACACGGCUUCACCUGCGAGUCCAAACCGGGCAGCUGGAGAGAGAUCUCGGUCUGUGGAAACGUCUUCGCGCUCAGAGAGACACGGUCUGCACAGAAACCAGGCCAAGUGGUUGAAAAUGAAUGUCAGGAGCUGGUCGACGGCUCUUUAAUCGAUCUGUGUGGUGCGACUCUUUUGUGGCGGUCAGCAGAAGGCCUCUCUCGGACACCCACCGUCAAACACCUUGAAGCGCUUCGUAGGGAACUGAACGCUGCGCGGCCCCAAUGUCCUGUAGGGUUACACACUCUGGCCUUCCCCAGUUUAGAUCGCUCCAUCAGGGGUUCACCCCACGAGGACCAGCCCUGGGCAUAUCUUCAUUGCGGACACGUGCACGGUUACCAUGCCUGGAAAGGGCGCCACCGGUUCAUGAAAGUGGGCUCGACCGAAGAGGAGGAGGAUGAGUCCGAGACAAAAGAAGCGAUGGAGACAGAACUAUUGAUGGAGGGGGAGAGAGAGUGUCCGCUGUGCCGUACGCGGGGUUUGUACGUUCCCUUAAAGUUAGGCCGCGAGUCGGGCUUCUACCUGGACGCUGCUCCUCCAACACACGCUUUUAAUCCGUGCGGUCACGUGUGUUCAGAACGAACGGCAGCGUUUUGGAGUAAACUGCCAAUACCGCACGGAGCUCAAGGUUUUUACCCAUCAUGCCCGUUUUGUAUGAAACCCCUUGCUCGGGACAGGAAGUACGUCAGACUUAUAUUUCAGGGACUUACAGAUUAAGUGUAUGUGUGUGUGUGUGUGUGUAAGUGACUUCACUGGACUAGCAGUGCUUCUACAUGCUGCUCCUCAAAAGCGCAAAACUACCAGCCUAAGUUACAUAUUUAGCCCACAUCACUGUUUUUCCCACAAGCAUGUUCUCUGCACUGCCGACUGCCUCGUGCUGCCUGAUUGGAUGACGCGAAACGUUCGCUGUACUUUUGGUAGUUUACUGUUAAAUGUGUCUGAGGUUGAGCUGAAAUAAAUACAAAUACAUGGUUACAAGAUGACACAAUCAUUUUUACUUCUUUACUUGAUCAGGAAUUUGAGCUUAUGCACGUCAAGUAGUGGUCGACCGAUAUGGAUUAUUUUGCCGAUACUGAUAUUUAGAAAGCAGUGUGGCCAAUAUAACACAAAUGUAAACACAAGAAAUGAAAUCCAAAUAGAAAAUUGGUUAAAAUAUAUGCAUGAUAUUUUAUCAGAACUUCGCGCAUCCCAGACAGCAGACAACUCUGGGCCGGAUCCGCACCGGAUUUGCACCGGAUCAGCACCAGAGCUGUUGACUUCGGCACAGAUCUGGAGCGGAUCCGACAUAGAGUCGUCUACUGUUUGGGAUUGUCACAGUUACGCGCCUGGCUCGAAUAUAACUUCUGGUCUGUGUUUGUUUAUUGUUCUGGCUAGCGACUAAACUCUGGAACAAAUACGUUGUCAAAAAUAAAAAUGUUUUUGUUUUGUAGACGAGGGGAGACAUUGAGCAUGAAUCACUGCUGUGUUAAGACAAGUUUGGCAGGCGGGUUAUAGUUUAAGGAUCUGUACAUCAAUUUUACACAGUAAUGUUAGCUCAUCGUAGCACCUGAUACUCUUUAGCAAUGAUUUGUAAUUUACUUGUUAUUUAUUUAGCUUAUAAUCAGAAAUAAUCUACUCGAGAAGGACUCAGGUUGUUAUUAUUUCCGGGAAUCUACCAGAAGUUAAGUUUGGGCCACGAAAGUCGUUUGUUUAUGUUGUUGCCACUGAAACCGUCUAAACUUCCCCAAUACUUAAAAAAUAUUUAAAAGACAAAUGAUACAUCACAUUACUGUGUUGAUCUGUGUAACACAACGUAACAUCACGGAAAAAAGUUAAUAGUGAUUGGUGGAAUGAUAUACCCCCAAUGCCGUGAAUAAAAAAAUAUCGGCAUAUAUAUCGGCAACUGUAAUAUAUCGGUCUAUCACUAACAUUAAUGCACUUGUUGUCUGAUUUAUUGUUUUGGUCUUAUUUUCUGUGCUUGAUAUUUCAAACUGCAACAGAUUAUCUCAAAAUACCAAACAUGUUUAUCAUUAUUGAGUUUAAUUUGAGAUUUUCACUCUACAAAAUAUUAUAUUAUUGUUACGUUAUAUUAUUAUUAUAUAUAUAUUAUAAUAUUAUGUGGGUUAAAUUGUAUUGUUGCAUUUUCUCAAAAAUGUUUUUGUAUCAUUCUUAAAGAAUAAAGUUUUUAUUUUAA